AGUUCCUUCCUCUCUCUCUCUCCUCAUCACCAGAAGCACAUCCAAUAAUGGAAAAAAAAGCUCAAGAAAAAAAAAAUCUUUAAAAAACCGUUAGCUUUGUGUCUGUGACUCAUUGCAGAGAACAGUAUUGGACCUUUCAGAGUUUCCAUAGAGUAAGAGUGUGACGACACAAGAGACGUAAGCAAACCCUAACCAAUGAAGCUGACGCUAGAGAAAUCGUCAGCAGACGACUACAUCAGCUAAAGCCUGAUUAACAACAAGAACCCAACUGAUCAAAUCUCUUCUUUUUCAGUUUUCAGCCAUCAUAACUCAAUAUACACUUCUCUACCAAUUUCAUAGUCUUUGAAUUCCUCUGUUUUUUUUUUUUUUCUUUCCUUUUCCUGUCAAGAUGGAGAUUUCUUGGUCUUCUUGGGUUUAGAUCAGUGGGAAGUUCCUGGAAUAAAACGGAUGAUUCUGUUGAAAUUCAAAGGGUUUUGAAGUGAAUUAGAAGUCAUUCAGUUGAUUCUAAUAUAAAAGCGUUGACCUUUGAAUGACUUGGCUGGAUCUAGAAGGAAAUUCUAUGUUUUGCUGGAAAAUGUUUGAUUAAUCUGGAAUUAACACUCGGUUUUCUGAAGAAUUUGGAGCUAGGAUCAUGAAUUGGAUGAUUGAGAAGUUUUGGUGUUUCACACUUCCUUUGAUAGGGGGAUGCCCGCUAAGAUUUGUUACCCAUCUGAACUCUGCGUAUGGUGAUCUUCAUGAUUGUUGAUGGAUUCAAAUGCUGAUUAGGUCCAAUUGGAAGGAUUUAGAUUCUGAAGUAGAGUAUGAUGAAUUCUACCGAGCCAUCGUCCUAUUUGAGCUUUGCUUCGUCUUCCCAUCUAUCAAAUGAUUCUAGUAGUUUUAACAUGUCUGCUUCUAGUGUGCCCGAAUCUGGAGCUAGUCUUGAAGUCCUUAGUUUGAGCAAGCUUGGCUGUAAUUUGGAUCAGCUUUUAGCUGAUACUACAUUUGACUAUAGUGAUGCAGAAGUUAUUGUCGAAGACAUCACAGUGGGUGUUCACCGAUGUAUUUUGGCAGCCAGGAGUAAAUUCUUCCACGACCUUUUUGUGCAGGGGAAUACCUCUUCCCAAAAGGAGGGUAAACCAAAGUAUUACAUGACCGAUUUGGUGCCUUAUCAUAAGGUUGGUUAUGAAGCCUUCUUGAUUUUCUUGAGUUACUUGUAUACUGGAAAGUUGAAGGCAUCUCCACUGGAGGUUUCAACAUGUGUUGAUGGUGUCUGUGCUCAUGACUCAUGCCGACCAGCUAUCAAUUUUGUCGUCGAGUUGACAUAUGCUUCUUCAAUUUUUCAAAUUACAGAGCUGGUCUCUCUUUUCCAGCGUCGUCUUAUGAACUUUGUUGAGAAAGCAUUUGUGGAAGAUGUCAUCCCAAUCCUUCUGGUCUCCUUCCAUUGCCAAUUGGAUCAGCUUCUCACCCAUUGUGUCGAUAGAGUAGCACAAUCUGAUCUUGAGAGCAUCUCUCUAGAGAAAGAGCUACCGUUUGAAAUCACACAGAACUUAAAAUCUCUUCAUCUCAAAUCUCAGUCAGAUAAGGAAAAUGAAAUGGUCAUGGAUACCAUGCAUGAAAAGAGAAUCAGGAGAAUUCACAAGGCAUUAGACUCUGACGAUGUUGAACUGGUGAAACUACUCCUGUCUGAAUCUAAUAUCACCUUAGAUGCGGCCAAUGCUCUUCACUAUGCUGCUGCCUACUGUGACCCCAAGGUUGUGUCUGAGGUCCUCGAUCUUGGAUUAGCUGAUGUCAACCUCAGGAAUGACCGAGGAUACACGGUUCUGCAUGUGGCUGCAAUGCGUAAGGAGCCAUCAGUGAUAGUGUCUUUGCUGACAAAAGGGGCUUCUGCAUUGGAAAAAACAUUGGAUGGUCAAAGUGCUGUUUCUAUCUGUCGGAGGAUGACAAGGCCAAAGGAUUAUGGUGCGAAGACCAAGCAAGGCCAGGAAACGAACAAAGAUCGGAUAUGCAUUGACGUCCUGGAAAGAGAGAUGUGGAGGAAUCCAUUGGCAGUAGACAUGUCUAUGUCAUCACCAAAUAUGGCUGAUGAUCUGCAUGCAUGGUUACUAUACCUAGAAAACAGAGUGGCAUUUGCGAGACUGUUCUUUCCCACUGAAGCCAAGCUGGCCAUGGAUAUAGCACAUGCUGAUACAACAUCUGAGUUUAUUGGUAUUUCUGCAUCAGAACGCUGUGGAAACUUGAGAGAGGUUGAUUUGAAUGAGACACCGACAAUGCAGAAGAAAAGGCUCCAUUCAAGGUUGGAAGCUCUUAAUAAGACAGUGGAGAUGGGUCGACGCUACUUCCCCCACUGCUCACAAGUUCUGGACAAAUUCCUGGAGGAGGAUCUGCCUGACUUGUUCUACCUUGAGAAGGGAACUCCAGAUGAACAGAGAAUCAAAAGGGCACGUUUUACUGAGCUUAAAGAUGAUGUUCAGAAGGCAUUUAACAAGGACAAGGCUAAAAACAGCCGCUCAGGGUUGUCCUCAUCAUCAUCAUCCUCAACUUCUCUGAAGGGAUGUGUAAACAAAAAAGUCACAAAGAAGUAAUGUAUCGUUAUGUAUUUCUAAAGGAAAAAAGAAAAUACUGACGAGGAAUGUAAAAAUUUUUGAUGAUUGUAUCAUAAGAGCCUGCAAUUGUUCGAGCUCCUCUGUAACGUUUUCCUCCCUUCUAUAGCUUGACUGUACUACCAGUUUAUCAAGUCCCACAUUUAUUUCCUUCUCCUAA